AUAGAAGAAGCGGUAAUGAAGCAUGUUCUGAGAUAUGUCAACGUUUACCAGGAGGAAAUUAUCGACUUUCUUAAUGAGGAAUUCGGCAUUAAACCUCACCAAACGACGAUCUCGCGUCUUUUGAAGAGAUUAGAGAUUAUACAUAAGAAAAUCAAGGCGGUGGCGGCGGAGCAAAACCAGGAGCUUCUUGAAGCAGAUCAGAUCGUUACCGUGGACGAAUUAGCUUUUAAUGAGCAUACGGGGCAUAGGAAAUAUGGAUGGGUACCUCAGGGCUUACCUGCGGAGAUAAAGAUACUCUUGAAGCGAUCUCCUAAGUAGUCCCUUUUACCAGCAUAUAUGAUUAAUGGGUACCUUGAUCCUUUGGUUUAUUAAGGCAAUAUUAUAGCCGAGAUUUUUGAAGAUUAGAUGGAAAAUAGGGUGCUCUCGCAGUAUAAUCCAUGGCCGGGCAAAAAUUCGAUUAUUAUAAUGGAUAACUGUGGUAUAUACCGGAGUCAGAGGAUACUUGAUAUGUGCCGGGUACGGGGUAUUUGGAUAUGCU